AUGUACGCGUUCAAGAAAGCUACGAAGGAACCAGAAGCUGCCAGUGAAGAAGCUGCUCUGGACUUACUAGCUGCACUUUUGGAAAAGCAAAAAGCCGACUUGCCUUUGAAGAAAUACUGGGACGUCUUCACACUAGUCUUCACCAUCAUGAUCAAAGGCGAGGAGCUGUUCGGGGUGUUUGAGACUUACCCUGGUUCCGGUAUGCAGCACGACCUUGGUGAAGAGCUAAACGUGAACAAGUAUCCGGAAGUCGCACCACCAUCGUCGAUCAUGAAACCACUUUCUCAACCCACCACAAGGGCCCGUGCUUGGGGAUGUCUGACACCAGUGAACGUUGACAAGCGAUGUGAACGGCCCUUCCACAAAAUGGGUGUGGCUUACUCAUUCACCAGAGCAGGACUUACCGAGCGAUCUGGGCUAGAACCUGAGCAUGAAGACCAGUCAUCGAACGACCCUGAGAUGCACAAAUCGCCGAUUGACUGGGACGGCGAAGUGUUGGAGUUCGAAGACUUUACCUCGGCGGCAGCGGUGGAGGAGGUGUCACAUACUGAAGAAAAUGUGGCGGGACACGAGGCAGAUCGCAUAACGAAUGUCCUCGAAUCUUGCAAGCCACUGGCUCUUGACAUUUUUGAGCUUCUGCUUCAAUCCAGAUUAUGA